AUGCCUUCACGAGACGCUGCCGUCCAAUUUCUCUACCAAACUUUCUCUGCGUCCCGUCUACAACGAACUUCCCGACAAUCCCUCUUCCUCUGCCUGCAAUGCCGCAAUCUGUCUCUCUAUCCAUUAACUCGAACAAACCACCUCAAACCACAAAAACCACAUCUCCACGCCUUCAGCACCACCUCGCCGCUUGGCAAAAAAUCGUCCUCCUCAUCCAAAUCCUCCCGGAAGUCUCCUGAAGUAGCAUCACCCAAGGACAAAGAGACCCGUAUCCCCGACCAUGCCGCCACACAUGGCAAAGACAAAGAAAUCGACCCUUACGACUUCACGGACCUGAAUGCCGGUAUUGCAAAGGCUAUUGCCCGCCUGAAAGAUGCGCUAGUCAAAACCCGCGAUGCAGGCCGAAUUACCCCAGAGAUGAUCGAAGCAUUACCGGUCGAAAUCAACGUCAAAGGUCACGAUGCACACGGCGGUCCUGCGCAUAAGGAGAAAUUGAAGAUCCGAGAUCUCGCUUCCGUGGUGCAAAAAGGUGGACGAAUGGCACAGGUCUUUUGCGCUGAGGAGGCGCACGUGAAACCCAUCACAUCCGCGAUCCAAGCGAGCCCGUACAGCCUCGUCCCGCAACACGACGAACACAACCCAUUAUGUAUCAUCAUCCCUGUUCCACCCGCGACAGCUGAAACACGGGCACAAGCGCGCGCGGAGGCCAAAAAGGUCUUCGACCGUGCUAGUCAGGAACUCCGCAAUGCAAGAGGUGAUGCGCAGAAACGCCAUAGGAAGAUGGAGUUGGAGAAGUUGGUCGUGGCGGAUGAGUUGAGAAAAUCGCAUAAACAGAUGGAAGAUGUCGUCAAGAAAGGCCAGGAGGAGUGUAAGAGAGUCUAUGAACAGGCUGUUAAGAGCUUGGAUGGGUGA